UCAUUGAUUGAGUGUUGAACCCAAAACUGGCUGAUAUAGAGUGUCAACAUAGUAUACCGAACAGCCAACUAAAUCUUUUAUAUCGCGAUGAGGUUGUCGGCUGCCGUUCAAUCAACAGAACUGAACUGAAAUAGUAAUUUCGAAGCGAGGUAGACCUAAUUUGUUAGUGAAGAAUAGUGAUUUUUGAAUGACCGAUUCAAAGCUAUGUCAAAUUAUACCUAGCAUCGAUGAGGCAUUUAACCUCUGCCUCGUCUCCGGUUUGGGCAGUUGUGCUCUAUUACGGCAGUGAGAAGUUCAUUGAAUUUUUGGAACUGUGGAAUUUUUUUCGAGCGUAUCAAAAUCACUCAGAUAUUCCUGGUAUUACCAUCAUCAGCAAGCAGUCGUAAUGUCAAGCAAUCGAGAAGAAUGGAAAUGGGUUAUGGAGAUGCAUUAUGAAUCAUUUAGCAGGUCGACGUUGCUGCUUAAGUGCGAUAUUCUGUUCAAUCAGGCGCAGCUCUGAAGAACCAAGACUACGACGCCACACUAUACAGCUGUUCUUUGCGACGCUACUGUGUCGAGUGCGGACUGUUCACUAGUGGUAAAGAGCAGAGUCACAGAAAAUCUCGAUUAACUGAGGGAAGAAAACAAUUUGCUGUGAGAAAUCAUCAUCUUGGUAAAAUUGUCUCAAUUGUACUGGAUUGAAAGAAAUACGCAAAUCGAGAUUCGUUGAUCGCACAAAGAUUCUGAUUCACUGUGAUUUCACAUCGUACUAGAUAUUAUUAAGGAAUUCAGUCGAAAACAAGUUCAUCACGAUGAUGUUGAGAACCAAUCUGCAAGAUCGAAAGUCGAACACAAAUCGGAACGAACCCGGACGGUUCUUCGGCGAUGGAGUGAGCUUCAAGGCCAAACUGAUUGGCAUCCUGGAGGUCGGAGAGGCCAGAGGAGAUCGUAUGUGCCAGGAAGCACUGCAAGAUCUCAAAAUGGCCAUCCGAGCUGCCGGAGAGCACAAGCAGAGAAUCACGAUACACGUUACUAUCGAUGGAUUGCGAUUGAGAGACGAGAAAACAGGGGACUCUCUCUAUCACCAUCCAGUGCAUAAGAUAUCGUUUAUCGCGCAGGACAUGACGGAUUCGCGUGCAUUUGGCUAUAUUUUUGGAUCGCCCGACAGUGGGCAUCGCUUUUUCGGCAUCAAAACCGACAAAGCCGCCAGUCAGGUAGUGCUGGCCAUGCGAGACCUGUUCCAGGUCGUGUUCGAGUUGAAGAAGAAGGAAAUCGAACUGGCACGGCAACACAUCCAAAGCAAAAUAACUGCCCACGAGCAUCACGCCGUUGCAAUGGCCGUCAAGAGUUCCGAUGGGUAUGGUAAGACUUUACCAAGCGAUGGAGCUUCCAGUUCGUUGACCAGUUCUAGUCUAGGUGGUGGUGCUAGUGGUACCAACAGCUUGAAAACAACGACUAAGAACGAAAAGUCCCCGGAAUCCGUAGCCGACCUGGUGGAUUUGGAACAGGAACUCAGCUCGAUUCAACGUGGCAUCACGCAAAUGGAGCGGAUAACACCGAGCGAAGUCCCCUCGAAAAGUGUCAUCGAUGACGAUCCAUUUGGAGAUUCAUUCACAAACAUUCCACCGGCGUACAAUCUACUACCCCCUCCUGAAUCCAGCAAACGCCAUCAAAAGCAAACCCAUAGAUCAACGGAAAAUCUUCCUGCAACCGAGACCAGUUCGGCCGUACCAUCGUCAUCACCACCCGCACCCCCGACGUCUUCGACUCCGGCACCCCAAAAUGUAACGUUACCACCUCCACCCAGCAGUUCUACCCCGGGGCCAGUUAGCUCAGCGAUAUCAUCUAGCAACUCGAAUCAAAAUGAUGAUUGGCUCAACUCACCACCCAACACUUCACGAUUCGAUCCGGAUCCGGUAAAAUACUCAGACGAGUUCCUCAACGAAGAUGGAUUCAAGCAGCCGUAUUCAACCACACCACAGCCAUCCUCCUACACGGACGCAUUCACCGACCUGGAUCCGCUAGGAACGGGAAAGAUCAAACCGUACAUUGAUAAGAAAUAUUUCUUCCAAGAGUUGAAGAAUCCACCCAAGAAGGUGCUAAAGGACCUCUCGGGAAAGGACAGCUCGUUCAAUGCCAACUUUUCCUCAGAAGACCAACGCCAGUCACCACAAACACUUCCAAACAGCACAAACGCUGCCGCUGCCGAAAUGUUCAAGCCCACAUUCGAUGACGGUGCACCUGGAGUGAAUGAACAAGCUAACGCGGAAUUUUCGGAUCCCUUCGAUAACAAAUCCGUAGAUCCUUUCAUGGAAGACGAUGACUUCUCCAAACUUCACAUCGAUCCAUUUGAAAUGAAGUUCUCGAGAAAUGCAUCCCCUAGGCAAAUCGAAAGGAAAAGUGGCGACGAGAGCUCGGUUCGACCUGCAGCUAAAUCCGACGAGAGUAAAUCUGACGAAAGCCCAGUAGCAUACAAUGGACCUCUUCAAGUCAACCUUCCUCCGGAGAGCUGGGCAAACUACAUAAGCCAGAAGCGUUUGGAACGGCAAAAUUCUGAUUCAAUUUCGUCCGGACCGGGAGUUAUCAGCGUAGCACGAAAUCGUCCAAAUGUGUUCAAACAGAACACCGUAGAUGUUAUUUCCAGCAUCAGCAGUAACUCGAAAAAGAUGAAGCCAAAUCUUUUCGGGCAGAAGUUCUCCAAAAGAGAUUCGAAUAGCAUAAACAUGCGCCGCCUGCAGGAAAGUGAUUCCCUUAGCGAGAACGAAACGGCUCCAGAACCUCCUCCUCGCCCGGACUCCGGAUCACACAUUGAACCACCUCCGCUGCCUCCAAAGAAACAGUUUGCUGAUAUUGUGAUAAGACCCUCCCCUCGAUCCGGUCCGACAGCGACGUCGACUUCCGGAGGAUCGACCAAGGAACGUUACGAUUACGUCGCAUCUAAAUUCGAGUCAAAGAAUCAAUCUGUCAACGAUGCACCCCCCUUGCCAUUGCCCUCACGGAAAGUCAACCGCAGUGAUGGUUCUUCCCCAGGACGCCCGUUCAAGAAGCUAACCGACGAAGACGAUUAUCUGCAACCAAUACCGGCAAAAUCCGAAAUUCCGACUUUGCUACCUCCACCACAACGCAAGGAUGCUUCAAAAACACGCGCUGCCCGCAAAUCGGAAACCGAUCCACGCAAUUUAGACGAGCCAACCCCUCCGGCUCAAUCGAAAUCACCCACUGUGAGGGACAAAGAAUCAUUCUUGCCUAACAUCACACUCAGUCAAUUAUUAACGCUAGGUAUUGAUGAACUAGCCACCAAGCUGAACGUUCCAGUUAGCAAGCUAAGCACAAUGACUCUAGUGGAACUAACUUCCUAUCUCUCCGAAUUCAUUGAGAACAGUAAAACGUCAUCUUCUUCGGCAACAUCAUGGAAUCAGGAAGCGGAGAACAACGACUCGCCGGUAUUCAAGGUUAAUUUCGACGAUAAUAACGAUGCCACGUUUGUAGCCAAGUUUGACGAUAAUUUUGGCGAGGACAAUACUUUCGUAGCAAACUUUGACAAUCUGAACCUUCAACCUGCGCAGUCAACGGCACACUCAGCUGCAGUACCUAACGCUCCAUCUAUAGACAAAUACGCCGUUUUCCGGGAGAUUAUCGAGCAAGAGAUUGGUCCAGCUCAGGAACCUCAGAAGACUGAACCGGAGAAAACGGGUCCGGAUUUGUCUUCCCUUGACUUCGAUAGGGAAGUAGCUUCCGAGAUGAACCGACUGUCGCCGAACAUAACGGGCGACCAAUUCUCGAAGUCACCUUCACAAUCGCAAAGUUUCCUCCCAGCAAACAGCCCCGUGCCACCAGUGCCGAUGACGAAAAUCGACACCAAGAUUACUCAAGUUAUUUCACAAGCCAAAGAUCGCUACGCUGCUCUAAGAGAUAUCAUUCUAGUUGAGGAUUUGUUCGAGAAACCAACGCCUCCGCCACAUCAUAGUUCAAGUGCACCAAUAGCCCGAAUGGAAUCAUCCUCUUUUGAAGAUCAGAACACGGAAGACGAGCAUAGAUUCGAAGCGAACUUUGAUGAUAUGCCUCAGAUCGAAAGCCAUUCGCCAGAGAUUAACAUUUCAGACGCAGACAUAAACGACGAGUAUCCGCAUCCAGCGGAACCGCUCGCUCCAUCCUCGUUAGAAGGUCUUGAGCCACCGGAGUCUCAUAAUCUUAGCUUCCGUAGCACUCCCAAGGAAGACUUGGAAAUAAACGCUUUCAUGCACAAAGCCGUAUCCAAUUUGUCUCUUCACAGCGCAGGGCAGCUAUCGCCAGCACCUGGUGGUUUAACGGUAAAAUCUCCACAACUUCAAAACACAUCAACCUCACCUAGUCGACCACCCAUAGCAGCGGCCGGAAUGGAUGGCAGUUUACCGCCGCAAACCACAUCGAUCGAAAAUCUAAGCAAAGCUACAUUGAACGAUAUGAGCACUUCACCGAUCCCCCUGUCCAAAUCAACGAUGAUCAGAAAGGGUUCGACCGGGAAGUCAUCGUCGUCACCAAUGGUAAAGUCUCCCAUGGAUUACGCUGACGAUACUACUGUUGCCGGUGAAGUAAAUAAGCGUGCCGACUCCUUGCAGAAACCCUCAUCCGGAUCGCUUAGUGAUGGCGAAGAAACCUCACCAGAAGCGGAACGAAAUCAUGAUCUCAAAGCUUCAAAACUAACUCCGACCAACGCCAACGAAUCGUGGGCAGUAUUCGAUCAACCAGAACAUCAUCCGGCGCACAAGAAAGUGGAAGGUGGGCGUCUUCAUAAGGGAAUGGACAAGCCCGGUCCUGAGUCACCCUGCUCUUCGGAUCCCAAGGAUGAAUGGAAGAACGAACGUGAGUACGCUCGACGUUGGCCAACCAAAGGACAUACUUCGUCAUCAUCGCGAGAUGUCUCGCCUUGGGAUGAAGAUGGGCCUGAAUACCGGAAACGUCCACCAAGUCAACAUCAUCCGCCGACUUCGGGCGAGCGGUACCAUCAUCCGAGGAUGCCACCGCGGCGAAUCAACUCCAACGACGAGGAUUACGAGGAUGAUAUGAAGGAUCGUAGCGAACGACGGCGACGAACGAAGGGUCAGCAGAUAAGCUCGAGAAGCCGGGAUAACUUCGAAGAUGAACAUUGGUAUCAUGAGCAUCAGAGUUGGUCACCGACGGAGGAAGACGAACGGCCGGAUCGAUCUAGGUCGUUCGAUAGGAAUGCCUAUGAGAGGAGUACGUAUGGCCCACCCUACGAGAAGCGAGAGCCGAAGAGUUUGCCACCGUACGAUAGGAGGGAUUAUAAAAACUACGAUAAGAGGAAGUAUUACAGGGAGAGAGGUAGGCCGAACUACGAUUAUGACCACUACGGGGAAGGGUACGAUCAGCGAAUGAUGAAGGGUAGAAUGGAUUACGAGGAUGUUUACGAAAGAGGACCGAGAGAUUCGAGGGCGGCUAGGGAAUACUUCUAUGAGAGGGAUAGGAAAAGUUUUGAUCGUGAUAGUAAUGAGUCUUAUGAGAGGAGAAGUUUCGGAAGUGGAGAUAUCUAUGGUAGUCUGGAUAGCCGAGGAGACUAUCGGGACAGGGACCGCUAUCUGUCGCUGGAUAAGUCACGUCCGUUGAGGCGUGGGAUGAGGAAUGCUGGUAGUGCAAGACUGGACGAUCCGGAUCAGGACUCGGAAGGUGAAACGGUAGGUGGAAGGCGUGCGGAUACGAAUAGUUUGCAUCGUUCUAGUCAGAAUAUACGCGGUAAACAGCACCAGGUGGUUGACGAUGAAGUCUGGGGUGUAUCGAUGGGUGGGAAACUGGCUUGGAAGAGGCCGUCGAGUGCAUCCGAGCAAGAACGACGGUAUAAUGAAAGUAGAAGAAUGAUGACUAAUACGACGUUGCCUGGAUCCGAUGGGGAGAAAGAUCGUCGGUUCCGGAAAAAGAAUAGAACUCGUUCAAAGGAACCGGACAUCAGACCUGGAUAUGCUACGAUGCGAUAUCCACCACGGUCCAAAGAAGAUUACCUUGAAUUCGAAUUUGAACCAAGAGCACCCGGCAGCGGAGGUGGCAUGUAUGAUAACGAUGAGGAAGAGGAGAUAGGAAGCGGUAAGAUGAUGGAGGAAAGCGUGGCUGAGAGUCCAUCGUACUACGGAAGGCGACAACCACCACCUCCCUAUUACAAACCGGCUACCCCGCGAAUCGAAGGCCGAAGCCUCAAUGACACUCUCAUAGCACAAGAAGCCAAGAAGAUGGCACGGUAUGAAUAUGAGGAAGAGGCAAUGCGAAGAAUGAAGAAGAGCAACAGUAGAGAUUUAUACUUUGAGGGGGAAGACAAGGAACGUUUCGGCGGUAAAUUCGGAUCGGGUAAUUUCGAAAAUGUAACUCCACCGAAAAGUGCAAAGCACGUUAGAAUGGAGCUCGAGUUUGAAGAUUUCGGUGAAACACCGCAGACAACUACGAGUGGAAAGUUCAACUUUGAAGGUGGAGACGGAUUCGAAAGUGACUUCAAUUCUCCACCUGCUCCUCCUGCCGGUGUAGGGCAAGUUUCGCUCCACACUGCCAAGACAUUCCGAUUUUCCAACGAUUUUUCGGAGAAGGAUCCAGGUCGUCAUUAUCCGGCAUAUCACAAGGGUCAACCACAGAGCUUCGGAGGAUUCGAGGCAGAUUUUGGACCUAAGCCACGACCGGCUUCGACUUCCCAGACGGCGUCGAAGUUACGCUUCAAUGAAAAUGUAACCGUAUCAAAGUUCAGCUCGGAUGCGGCUACGGGAUCACACAUGUUUGAAGACGAUUUCGCAGGUCGGUCCGACAAUGAGUUGGAAGAUCAGUGGACGCCCGAAAUGCCAGCACCGGUAACUAAUAACAACGGUAGUAAGAAAAUUUUGAAAACAUCUAGUCAACAGCAAUCGCAACAGCACGACAACAUCCACAAGUCGGACAGUGUGAACAUUUUUGCCAAAAAGGUUGACGAUCCGUUCGAGGAUGAUGACUUUUUCACAUCAGGAGCGGCGGCAGAGAAGGAUCCAUUCGAUGGUACAGGAAAUGGCAGCGAAACCGGUGGCGGCCAGUCCGGGUGGGACAAAAAUUUCGCAAACUUCGACGACAACAUCUGAUUACUCGGUAGCCUGAUGAUGAACAGUAGUAACGUACUCAGUCGUCAGCUCAACCACAGUCUCAGCGUCCGCCAGCAGUAUCAGUACUGUUGCCAGAGCGAACAUCAGCGAUACUCGCUCGCGAAGGACAUUAGGAAGCUUUACAUGCGCAUCAAGCAUUUCAAUAGGUACGAGGUAUUCGUUUAGGAUUAGUGUGUACAUUUCGUUGGUCCCCUGCUGACAGUGAAUAUGAAUAGUCGACUGAAUUUUAAAAUUCUGCUUUUAAACGAUCUUUGUUUCGUUGUGCGAAGCAAUCAUGCUUGUUAGUGAAUGUUUUUUUAGUUUGAAUGGAUUUCACAAGGUCACAAUGCAAUUACGACUUACCUUUCCAUCACUUGGUGUUACGAUGGGUAAUAUGAUCUGAAGCGAGAAAUUAAAACGUAGUUAAAACAUGAUGGCAUUAAUUGGGGCAUCUUCAUCGUUGAAUAAUCGAAAUUGUAGAAUUUCAUGAAAUCAUUUUUAUUUAAAUUUUUAGUUUUUUUCAUUUGAUUUUAAGUGUAUGGUUAUUUUAACGAUUUCAUUGAAAAUCCCUAAAUGUCUACUAUCUUUGCAAAUUUAACAAAUUAUCUGCUAUAUUUGCAAAGAUUGUGGCGGUUGUAGAAUAUUUAAAAUGCCAUACAAAAUUAACAAAGAGCUGGUUGGUUUCAGAAGCUUAAAACGGCACUGUCGAGCCAGUCCUCCCUAUUUUUCGAGUCACGUGACUCUCUCACCGGUGAGGUCGCCGUCAACAUCAAUAUUGACUCGAUUCAGUUGACAGCUAUUGAAGAUGAACAUUCUAAAAAGUCCUAUCUGCAUCGAUCGAUUCUCUUCAUCAAAUUUCUCUUUCGUUAAUACAUUACUCAGCUGCAAAAACAUUCCCUGUUGUGUUUGACGUUUUUGUCACUUUAUCAAACUAUGUGGCAAAAAUAGUACGAAAUCUGUUUGCAAAGCCGUGUUAUCAAAAGAGAAAGUAGAAGAAGAGAAUCGAUUAAAGUAGAUAGGACCUUUUUAAAUGGUAAUCUAGAAUAAUCUAUGAAUGGUUCAUCGUGCGGAUUCUUCUUUCAAUUUCGUUUCCUUUUUGGAGAAUUUGAUUUAAGCGAUUGGACACACAGUGAAAAUACAUGAAAAUUCUUUUUUCUUUAAUACAAAACAUGAGCGCUAUUGACCGCCCGUGGUUACUACUUCGUUUAUUUGUACAGAGAACGAAUAGAUGGCGAUUGGGCCUAGCAUUCAUCCUCAUGGUGC